CGUUGUUUUGCGCAAGUGCUGGGAUAUUUUCUAAGUGUUUAAAUGGCAUCCACAAGGCGCCGCCGCCUUGUUCCGUGCUUUUUGGGAAUACUCCUAAAUGCUUUAAUUGGUGUGACAUGUGAAGCAGAGCUCUCCUUCACACUGGAGCCCAGUGAUAUCAUUGCCGUGCAGGAGCAGCCCCUCAUGCUCCAUUGCCAGGUGGUCGGCAUCCCCCCAAUUACAACACAGUGGAGGCAUAAUGGCAUGCUUUUAACUCAGGACCAGCACCAUACCACCUUCAUCAACGGCUCACUCCUGAUUGGCCACUUCCUGAAGACCAGACCUGAUGGUUUGUCCGAUGAGGGGGACUAUGAGUGUAUGGCCCAGAAUUCAUUUGGGCUGGUGGUGAGCCGUAAGGCCCGCGUUCAGGCAGCAACCAUGGCAGACUUCCAUGUCCAACCAGAGUCGGUGCAUGCUGAGGAGUCCGGUGUGGCCAGGUUCCAGUGCCAGAUCCACGGUCUGCCAGAGCCUGUCAUCAGCUGGGAAAAGGAUGGCCGUCCGGUGGACACCAAGGACAAGAGAUUCACUCUGCUGCCUACAGGUGUUCUGCAGAUUACAGGAGUGCGUGAGGAGGACAGCGGAAAGUUUUGCUGUGUGGCCCACAACAGUGCAGGAGUAAAGCAUAGCGCUGAGGCACUCCUUACUAUAUCAGGCUCCCAGUCUUCUGUUUACAAAGAGCCUAUGAUCCUGGUCGGUCCGGAAAACCUCACACUCACUGUUCACCAAACUGCCAUCUUGGAGUGCGUUGCUACUGGAUACCCUCGGCCCAUCGUGUCUUGGAGCAGACUAGAUGGCCGUCCAAUCGGUGUGGAGGGAAUACAGGUACUCGGCACAGGAAACCUGAUGAUCUCCGAUGUGGGCGUGCAGCACUCAGGGGUGUAUGUGUGUGCUGCUAAUAAACCAGGGACCCGUGUUCGCAGGACUGCUCAGGGACGUCUAGUGGUUCAAGCUCCAGCAACUUUUGUUCAACCUCCGCAGUCCAUAGCCCGGCCCGUCGGCACCACCGCCAUCUUCACCUGCCAAGCGGAGGGCGAGCCGGAGCCCCAGCUCACAUGGCUGAAGAACGGGCAGAUUCUGGAGCCGGGUGGACAUGUCAAACUCAGGAACAACAACAGCACGUUAACGAUAUAUGGCAUCAGUCAGGAGGACGAAGCGAUCUACCAGUGUAUUGCUGAGAACAGCGCUGGCUCCACACAGGCCAGUGCCCGCCUCACUGUGCUCUGGGCCGAUGGACUCCCUGGUGUUCCCACCAACGUGCAGGCGGAGGCCCUUUCCCCCACCACCAUCCAGGUGUCCUGGAGGGAGCCUGAGCAGAAUACUCAGGACAUCAUCGGCUACGUGCUCCACAUCCGAAGGACCUCAGACCCAGCAGAGAUGGAAUAUGAGGAGGCGGUCAGUAAGGUGACGCUUCAGCAGAUCAUCAGGGAUCUAGAGCCCUCCACCAGUUACACCUUCUACGUCAAGGCCUACACAUCCCACGGGGCCAGCAAACCAUCAGACAGUGUCACAGAGAGCACACAUGGGGAGGUGCCAGCACCUCCAUUACUCUACACCAAGGUGCUGAACAGCAGUGUUGUACAAGCGACAUGGGAGCCUUCCUUUAAGAUGGGCCAACACCAAGGCUUCAGGCUGUACUACAGAAGAGCUCACACAUCACUGUUCACCGGCCCCAUUGCAUUCCCUCGCAACGUUUCCCAGUACAACAUCACUCAGCUAGAUUCGUCUCUCUAUGAGAUAAAGCUACUUGCGUACAACCAACAUGGAGACGGCAAUGCCACCAUUCGAUUUGUUUCACUUCGAGAAGCAGUGGAGAAAUCUGUGUUGGAAGACCCAUGUGACUGUGUGAAAGAUGAGCAGAGCAAAACAUCCACUACCGGCAUCAUCAUAGGCAUUCACAUCGGAGUCACCUGCAUCAUCUUCUGUGUACUUUUCCUCGUCUUCAGCUACCGCGGCAGGUUAAUGAUGUGCAAGACAGCUCAGGCCACCCCUCAGGCAGGACAUGGUGCAGCGCUGGAUUCCUCCUCCUCUUCCCAGGGGGCAGCUGGGCUGAAUGGGGCUGCCAGGAGAGAGAUGGAGGUAAAUGGCAGCACAGCAGGGAAGAAAGUGGUCGAUAGCAACGAGCUCGAGAGACUUUUCACUCAACCAGACACACAAGACAGAUGUAUGUUGGACAACACCACGGUCUCCCCUGCGCUGAACGACACCCAGCUGUCUACGAUACUGCUGGAUGAGUUCGCUGUGGAGCGGGAGGCCGAGACGCAGUUCCAGGAGCCUCCUGCAGCAGAAGUGGGUCGACAGGACCAAGGCUAAACAUGUAUGAAGGCCAAUUCACACGGCGCUGUCCUCAGUGUCCGCUUAGGACUCUUCUCUCACUCAGGUUGACAAGUGUUUCCUUUCAAAAUAGUUGUUUCUUUUUUGCAAAGAUUUUUUUAUUGGUAAGUUAAGACGUUCUAGAGGAUCUAGGACUGUGCAUUGGAGUGUUCCUGGCCUGGGGUUUGGAGAGCACUCCUCUGAUGGACAGCUGUUGUAGCUACGCAGGCCAGUGAAAUGUUCUUUAUUUUUACAAUUUUUUUAAUUUUCUGGUGUUGGGCAGCACACAGAAUAGAAGCCCCAGAAUGUCCUUGUUAUACAAUGAGUUUAUUUUUAAGUUUAUAAAUAUAUAUAUAUACAUAUAUAUCUUUAUCAACUAUAUGUCAAUUAUAAGUUAUUGGUCUUAUCGCUACUUUUCUGCGGAUGUCAAAGACUCCUGCUGCCUGCUCUCAUCUACCAAUGAUUCCACCUUCUCACUCACAGAAGACCUCAGCCUCGUACCAGGGAUUCGAUAUAUUCUCUCAGGACUUCGUUUCAGUGGUAUCAACAUUUUUUAUGAGUUCUCGGCCUUCAUACAGGAACUUGGCUGUGUGAACCUUACGACUCAACAAAAACCUACCUCAGCCGGAAUGAAUGUGUUGUGGGAAGCUUUUAGGGACUGUACCUUCCCCUGUGCUCACGAUUAUUUUAAAUGCGGAGGAAAUGACUGGUUCAUAAAAUUUACAAGAUCAGGUGCCGUACUACCUCAGAUGUCAAGAAUCGUCUCUCUCUUCUCCUGCUUGUCGAAGCAAAACGUAAAACGAGUAUCCAACAUAAAGCACUUCCAAAUGCUGAAGUUAAUGUUCUACCUCAAGAUAACAAUGUUAAUGUUGUCGCUGUUGUUGUUGUUUGUCUGUUUAUUGCAUAAUGAGAAACCCACUUCUCUCCUCUGUGAAAUCUCGGCUUCUCUUUGGUGAUGAAUUUGGUGUUUGUAGAUACCAUGUCAGUACCUCAUGCAAGUCGACAGAUAACACUGUUGUAUGAAUUAUAGUAUGUUAGGAGUAUGUUGAAUAUUAAUUAUGCUGUUUCAUUGUAAGCCUUUUUUUUUAGAUUUGUUUCAUUUAAAACAACAUAAUACCUUUUUAGUCAAGCCACGUGCUUCAGUUGGAAAAGAAGAGAUACACUGCAUUGCUGUUGUUAUUUUCUGGACUAUUUACUGCUAAAUGAGAUGUGAUAAAUAAUGUUCAAUUCGACAGAUGGCUAAAACAUUUACCAGCAACAUACAGUGUAUGUAUCUAUACUGUGUGGAUGCGUUUGCGUGUGUAGAAAUGUUUUAUUGCGUGAAUGAGUUUUUUAUACAUACACUGUAUGUCAUAUAUGCAAGAGAGUAAACAAAGCACAAAUCUUACCAAAAUAUUCUAAAGCAUUAUUCUAUUAUUAUUGAUGUAAUGACUAAUAGAAGUAAUUUUAUUUUUAGGAAACAUUUUCUUACUUGCAGUUGGAUGAAAAGAUGAGUAUAGCCAUUACAGCGUGCUGUCUGUGGAGGCGAUUGGUUUAAUUUCACUUAAAAAACUUAAAGUAGAGCAUUAUUUUGGUAAUGCUGUCUAAAUUUCACCUACAUAAUAGA